AUGGUUACGAAAAAGUAUUUUAUAACUGUUGCUACUGUUGUGUUAGGAGGCAGUGCGCAAUUUUACAGUUAUGGAGUGGUCAACCCUGCACAAGUAAUUAUUACUGAUUGGAUAAAUCAAACGUAUAUCGAAAGGUACAAAACUCCUUUGUCGUUGACAGUGUCAAAUGUAAUCUGGUCGUUUGUUGUUUCGAGUAUCGCGAUUGGUGCGAUUUUAGGAGCAUCCUUCACAAGAAUUAUUGGUGAAAAAUACGGGAGGCGAAAUGGUCUAAUUUUCAAUGGAAUCUUAAACGUCUUUGCCGCGUUGUUUGAGCUUGUUGCUAAAAAAUUCAGUUCGCCGGAAAUAUUGAUAUUUGGUCGAUUCAUUUAUGGAAUUAACAUGGGCUUAUCAAGUGGACUCGUUCCAAUGUACCUUAUGGAAAUUACACCGUACAAGUUUCGCGGACCAGCGGGUACCCUUCACCAGGUCGCCGUUGCCUUUUCCGACUGGUUUUCACUUUUGAUUGGGUUACCAGAAGUGCUCGGAGACGCCAACAACUGGCCUCUUGCAUUUGCACUCCCAGGACUGCCUGCACUUGCACUAGUCUGUAUUCUUCCUUUUUGUCCGGAAUCUCCUAAAUAUACACUUGGGACAAAACAUGACAGAGAAAAAGCGUUAAGAGAUGUAGAAAAACUGAUUGGUAAAGAUCAUGCUCCACACAUGUUUGAGUCUAUCGUGCGAGAAGUGGCUUUGGAUGAAGGAGAUGGGACUUUCAAAGAAUUGUUCACACGCCGCGAUCUUCGAGUACCACUUGCUGUAUCUAUCAUAGUCAUGAUUGCUCAACAAUUCACUGGAUGUACUGCUGUUUUUGCAUAUUCCACAGACAUGUUUUUAAAUGCUGGUCUGAGCCCAUUGCUGGCCAGAUUCAGUACCUUGGCCAUAGGAAUCGUUUAUUUUUUAUUCGCAUGCACAUCGCCAUUCCUUAUUCACAAAGUUGGUAGAAGAUCGCUGUCUCUUUUCCAAUUGGCUAGCUGUAUGGUUGCUCUGAUGAUGCUUUCUUUAUUCACAUUCCUUCAAACUUAUGAAAAUAUUGAAUGGGCACGGUACGGAACCAUUUUCUCAUUGGUAUUUUACAUGUGUGUGUAUGGUGUAGGAUCGCCAAUUCCAUGGAUUAUCGCCAGUGAAUUGUUCACACAACAGUUCCGUGCAACUGCUGUGACAGUAUCUGUUUUCGUUGCUUGGACGUUUGCUUUCCUGGUUAGCACUUCUUAUCUUCCAUUCCAACAGCUUGUCGGAGUCACUCUCAGCUACUUCCCGUUCAUCAUAGGACUUGCAGUUUUUGGAAUCUUCAUCUACGUUCUUUUACCAGAAACUCGAGAUCGACCAAUGGUAGAAAUCGUAACCGAGGUUCAUCACCGAACUGCUUCACUAUCUGCUGGACGUCCGUGGGACGCAAGUCGUCCACCGAGUCGACAAGAAGUACAACGCCUUUUAGAUACUAUGGAUCCUCGAAGUUAUAGCUCUUAUGACAACGAUGCAGCCAACGAAGAGUAA